CAGAUGUCGAGGUCUUCAUAGUCCAGUCGACUACCAAAAGAAAGAGGAAGGGAGAGAGUAGACAGCCUUGUUUGACUCCGGUCCUUACUUGGUAUUGCAUCUGUCAGCUGUCCUCCAUGCACUAAUUUGCACUGUAGUCCGUCGUUUGAGUUCGGGAUAAUGUUGACAAUCUUCUCAGGAACUCCGUAGUGUCGAAGAAGUUUCCAUAAUGUCUUCCUAUCUACACUGUCAAAUGCCUUUUCAUAAUCAAUGAAGUUGAUGUAUAGUGACAAGUUCCACUCAACUGAUUGUUCGACGAUGAUCCGUAGUGUUGCAAUUUGGUUAAUAAUAUUUAAUCAAUAUGUUAACUGAACAAAUUAAUUGACCAAUCAAAUAUCAUCUAACUUCUGUGUUAAUAUUUAUGUGAAAUAGCACUAUCUGUUUUAUGUCAAAACUUACAUAGUUACAACAACAAAAAAAAAAGAAACAAUAUUAUGAAUAAUAGUUGGAAGAGACCAGAUUUACCAAGUAAAUGUACAUUUUCUUUAAAACAAUCAAUCAUUGAAAGUCCUCAUCAUCAUCACCAUCUUCAUCACGAUCAUCAUCAUAAUUCAAUGUAUGUUUUUCUAAAAAUCAAUUGAUAUUCUAAAGACAAUUCAAUUAAUUAAUUUAGUUUCAAAAGAAAUAAAAUUUUAAAUCAUUCAUUAGAAUUAAUUGGUAAUACACCUUUAAUUCAACUGAAUCAAAUAGUAAAGAAUGAAGGUAUAGAAUGUGAACUAUGUAAGUGAUAGAAUAUAGAAAUUUUGUAAAGAAAAAAUAUCUUACUAUUUUAUAGUAGGAAAAUGUGAAUUUCUUAAUAUUGGUGGUAGUAUUAAAGAUAGAAUUGCAAAACGUAUGAUUGAAGAAGCUGAAUUAGAAGGUAAAUUAAAACCUGGGGAUACAAUUAUUGAACCAACUUCGGGAAAUACUGUGGUACCUGCUUCCAUAGUCAAACUUAUCAUUACAAAUACAAUUAACUAUCAUCCCACAGAAAAUAUUCAUAAUCAUAUCUACCCUCCACAAUUAUUAUCAACAUCAAAUAUUAGAGUAGUUAUAGUGAAUAUACAUAUUUGAUUACUUAUUACUAAUUUUAAAUAGGUAUUGGAUUGGCGCUUACUGCUUCUCUUAAAGGUUACCGAUGUAUAAUUGUAAUGUCAGAGAAAAUGAGUAGUGAAAAGGAAUCGUACUUAAGAUGCCUUGGAGCUGAAAUUGUUCGUACACCGGCUUCUGCAAAUUUUGAUCAUCCUGAUUCAUUGUUUCGAGUGUCAGAAAAAAUAAAAAAUGAAAUUGGUCCAUCUGCACAUAUCAUGAAUCAAUAUACAAAUCCAUAUAAUCCAAUAGCUCAUUUUGAUGAAACAGCUGAAGAAAUUCUUCGUGAUUGUACAGAAGAAAAUGGACAAAUCAAAUUGGAUAUGCUAGUAGUUGGUGUUGGAACUGGUGGUACAAUAACUGGAAUAUCAAGGAAAAUAAAAAUGAAAGUGCCUAAUUGUUUAAUUGUUGGAGUGGAUCCAAUUGGUUCAAUUCUAGCCAAUCCAGAAUGUCAAGAAACAACUCCAUACGACGUUGAAGGUAUUGGAUAUGAUUUUUUCCCUACUGUCUUGGAUACAAAUGGAAUUGAUAAAUGGUGUAAAACAGGUGAUCAUGAAUCUUUUGAAAUGGCUAGGAGACUUAUACAUGAAGAAGGUUUACCAUGUGGUGGCAGUUCUGGUGCUGCUGUAGCUGGUGCUAUCAGAACUAUCAGAGAAUUGGGUUUAGGAAAAAACAGUCGAAUCGUGGUUAUUCUACCCGAUAACGUACGCAAUUACAUGUCUAAAUUCUUAUCAAAUGAUUGGAUGUUUAGUCGAGGAUACAUGAACUUUCCUCUUGGUGAUGCAUUUCGAAAUAAUUGGAUUAAUGAUACAUUAGAUGAAUUAAUUGCUGGUCUUCCAAAAACAGUUAGAAUUACUAGUGAAUAUACAGUAAAAGAUGCUUCGAACUUAAUUAAAACGGAGAAUGUAAGGGGAUUGUUGGUGGUAGAAAAUAAUGGAACAAAACUUUGCGUUCUUGGUGUAUUUGAUUCAAAUGUUCUAAGACUAUUAUUCAGUGGAUCUGUUAAACCGACUGAUCUUGUUGUCAAAGCGAUGAAUAAAAAUUAUCGACAAGUUGAGGAAGUACAUGGGCUUGAUCGUGUUUCUCGCGAACUCACCAUUGAAUCAUAUGUUGUUCUGUGGAAUAAAGAAAGUAAGGUGAAACCUUUCCAGUGAUUAUGUAUAAUUUUGUUUUCAGUGUAUGAUUUUAUUGUUGUCUGUUAAUCACUUUUCAAUCUUCUUUUCCAUUUCGUUUACCUCGAGCCAAUAAAACAAGAAUUUUUUGACAACGCUCCUAUCAAAGUAUUUGAUUCUUGACAAAUUUUGCACAUAUUUUGUUUCUACUCACGAAUGUGUAGAAAGUUCAGUGCUCUGCAAACAUAAAUCGGAAUACAUUGAAUUAAAACUCAACAAUUACCACAAACAUAUACUGAUAAUUAUCAUGUGCUCACUAGUGACCAGCUUCAAAAGGUGAUUCUCGAAGUACUAGUGAGAGUCUGUGACCAGUGGAGUUUAGACGUGCUGGGUAUGAGACAGUUACCAAUGAAGACAGUGAAGGAUGAUCGCACAAUAUCGUAUAUUGAUUAAAGUCAGACAUUAACAGCGCUGGAUACUGGCUGAGUGGUCUAAAGGCUAAGCGUUUGCACACAAAACCGAAGAUCCUGGGUUUGAGUCACGCGUGAGGAGAUCGCGGAUAUGCACUGCUGAGGAGUCACAUACUAGGAAGAAAUGGCUGCCUAAUGCUUGCAGGUUUUCAAUGGUGGUUUGACACUAAUCGGUUCAUGAGCUCAAUUUAAACCCAAAAAUUUUGCCAGCCUUAUGAUGAUGUUUAAAAAUGUCAAAUCAUAAUUUUCCUAAAGCACCAUACUGACUCAUCAGCUAAAUACGAUACGAAACCGCCUCUCCAAUCGACUUCAAUGUAAAGCAUACGAGUCAGUGUUUAAAUUUCACCAGAAGUAGUGUAACGCAUAUAUCAGUGAGUCAUCUACAAGGUGUUGUAUAAUACAUGGUUGAUUUAACUACCUAAUGUUUCAUUUAUUAAACACCUGGCUGUAAUUAACUAAGUUUCAUGUUUGAUUAAAUGAGGUACAUCUCAGUAAACUCAAUAGUACUCUCUAGUUGUAGUAUAAUCAACAACUUUAGAUUCGCUGCAUGAAAAAUUUAUUCCUGCUCUAUAAUAAUAACUACAAAGUUCUUACUUCAUAACAUCGUAUCUGAUACGGUCUCAUUAAUAGUGGAUUAGCAAUUGCCAAACACUCUUUUUAUUGACUGCUUCAAAUCCUCAUGUUUCAUAAACAAUUAUCUACUUGUUUACAUUUUUUCUGUUGAAACCUAGACCCUUAUUUAGUAUGUCGUGAAGAUUUUCUUCAUUGGUCCCUAUUUAAACAGUAGCGAGUUUGUUCAUGAAGAAAAAGCACAAGUAAACAAUACUAAAUCAACUUGUUUAUCUUCGAAUUCAUUUUUACCCAGCUUUUUCUUAUAGAAAUAAAUAGCUUAGAGAUAAAAAGAUAUGUUUUAUUGAGAACAUUAAAUAAACUGUUGUAGUUAAACAGCGUUUGUUUAUUUGAGGUUAGAUCAAUGUUCAAUUAUUGAAGAAGUAGGGAAUGUACGCGCAUAUAUACAAAUGGUCUUCCAUUUUAACCGCUUGUUAUAGGUUACACUGUAAUAUGGACAAGUCACUAUUCGGAAGUGAUUGUUACAUCUUGUUGUUUGGUAUUUAAAAACAUAUUAAAAUGAUGGAUUUGAUUUAAAAAGUGUGAUUUAUUUAGGUAAUGAAAAUGGUUCAAAUCAACUUGAUCUUCUCAUUACAAAAUUGAAGUUUUUAAAAGGUACCAAAUGUUCUAAUAGUGAGUAUAUCAUUAAUCAAAACGGAUUAAUAGUUGUUACGAUUAAUAUGAAAAGUGCGGUAUAUUGAGGAAUCAUCUUUCAUUUAUUCCAUGUAAUUCUAUCGUCACCAUCAUUUUUUUCUGAGACUUCUUUAUAAAUCCAUUUGUAAAGGAAAAACAUCUACCCUAUUGAUAAUCACUAGUAUUUGUUUCUUGACAAUAAAUUGGCAACAAUGGGACGUAUGACCAAAGAAUUAUAAAUUGAGAGUGCAGAAGAUGUUAUACUACUUAGAUUGGUGAUUGUACAAUUGAGAUGAUGGAUAGAUUUCAAAACAAAAAUAAACGUCUGGAAAAGCAUCAGUGAUGAGCUUUGUACUCAUUCUUAUUUAUUUCUACCAUGGAUAUCUCGUUAAAUAUUCCAUUAAAUAGUGUGAAUGUGAAUAUCUCUUUCAAUAUAAUUAAAUUUUGAUGAAAAGAGUAAGUGUAGACACAGAAAAUCCUGAAGAUAGCUUUUAACUAUCUGAAGGAGUUUUCAUGUUAAUUAAUCUGAAGUUCAAAUGACUUCAUGAAUGCUUACAUGAUAAAUAACGGUAAUAGCGAUAUUAAGUUGAAGUAUUUCAGCUAUCUUUUUUAUUUGUAUGCUAUUCACUGUGUGAUUCUGUAUACAUGGCUUUCCAGUGAUUUAUCUUAAUGUCAAAACGUGAUGAUUCUCCAUCGUAAGCUAGGAAAUGAAAAUCUAAGUUUACAGCAGUACAGAAAUCUAUUCAGGUUUGAACGGAGUGAAAUUCAUAGGUUCACAGAUUUCUGGCCUGUUAAUAACCACGUAAAUUAGAAUAAAAAUACGGCGAUUUACUCACCUGAUGACAUAAAAAAAAUCAUCGGUGAGGCUAAAUACUUAUGUACAUGAAAGUGAGAUUUAAAUAUGUGAUAAAGGAUUGUAAUUAAAUUAAUUGUGUUAUGUUGGGGUGAUCCAGAAAACUUCUUGCAAAAGACAAGAAAGGCUCGGGAAACACUAAGGAGCAUUUCGUCCAAUCAGCAUUCACUAGAAGUGUAGCCAGAAACAUCAAGAAAGUGGAAAGUCACAUGUAGAGUUUCUGAUUUGCUGAUUACUAUUUGCUACUAUGUUUAGUAGCAUUCCAGAAUCUUCGGGAAACCUAAGGACUUCUAAAAUACUAUAAAAACCAUAUAUUUUCUGUACUAGAACGAACCUUUGGAGUAAAGUACUUCUCGCAUAUUUUGCGCCUUUUCUCUCGUGUUCAGGUCGUGGUGUAGUUCUAGUUUGGGGGUUACGAGAAUAGCUUAGGAACCGAAUAUAGCGUUCAAUCAGCAAGACUUAUCAUUUAAACUACAAUGUAUUAUUAGGUCAUAAACUAUAAACUAGGAAGUCUUCUACUUGUCAGCUAAUUAAAGUGCUGCACCUAGAAGAACUAGGAAUAAUUGAGACAUUAAGACCUCCCAUUAUUAUAAGUGUUUCAUAGUCUAUGAGAACUGCUUGGUCCUCCCAUUAUCAGAUUAUUGUAGCAGAUGUUAGCGUUAAGCUUUUUAUAUACAACGUUUUUGAGUCGCUCCACAGUAACUGGAAAUUUGAUGGAGGACCUUACAGAUACAUUCAAAGAAGAAAAUGUUUUAGUGUAUUACCAAGAUGAAGGUCACUGUGGAAAUGUGAUGUACUUGAAUUAAUGUACUAAGCAUUUUCGGAAUAUUGAUAUUUAAGGCAGAUAAAGCUUGGUGAGCGAGACUGAACGUAUUAUACUUGUAUUUCGUAGUAAGCGCGCAAUGAAGUACAAAACAACCAUCGCUUAGUACAAGUAUCACAGUAAUCCAACGUAUUUCACUGUUUUCCAUGUUUCUGCAUAGCAAUAACAUAACCAAGUCCUAGUCAGUAAGUUUGAAAGAAACGUCUUGUUUCUGUUGUCUUCAUAAGAUGACCAAUAUUUAGGCUACUCAUUUAUUUUGCUGGGUGGACUUGAUAAAUUCGUAUAUAAGUAUUUGAUAAUUCCAACUUAGAGAUGGUUUAUCCACAUCACCACUCUGUUAGCUGGAAAUAGUUUAAAUAAACCCAUGCUGUGCUUUGCAGUUAAAAAGUAACUACGGUUCGCUCCGUGAACAGUCGGAGUCUAGGGACUUUCACAUUUCUUAACCUACUGUCUCACCUUCAGAGUUAGUUUUUUUAACUGUCUUUUGAAAUUCCACUUCUUCAUGUCACAAAAUAUCCUAAGGGUUCGAGUUUCUUGACCAAUUAUACCACUUCCUGGGGGGAAUGUUUCAUGAAAUUCGUUUUGGGUAUUCUUAACUAAGUUAAUCUUUGAGUACGGUGCGUACGGAGAAUUUAUCAUGACUCCUUCAUUUCUAAGUAUUUCUUUCAACAUUAUUCUGUUGAUUGUGUCUUAAAGCUACAGAGGAGUUUUGAGUAGUCUUUCAGGUUUAUGUUGGAAAAAAUAACUACUACCGUCCAUUCGAUUUCCAGGUUUUUAGCUAUAUUGUGCUAGAAAGAGCUUGUAGCUAGUCGACAAACUGAUGUUUGUUAUGUUGAAAAGAUGUUCCUAAUUCUUAGAAGCUAUCUUAGUAAUUAUAUUAGAGUUAAUAAUCAUGUCAUUUGAUGGACGUCUUCUGAUAUUCGGUCUUUCAGUAGUUGAGGUUAGGUUUUACCUCUUUCCCAAUUGUUUAAUGUUUUCUCAAUAACCUUUCGCGAUAGCAGCGUUGUGUCUGUAGGCGUUAUGCUAAAGGACAAUAAACGGCUGACUGUAACAAGGAGCAUCGAUGUAAUCGCAACACUGCUUUACAAUAAAUAAGGUCCAGUUCUGGAUAGUUUGUUCAGUCUUUGCUAAUAUUGCACAAACCGAUUAAGUUAAAGAUUACCGAGCCUAUCGUGUAGCAGCUGUUGUGAGGUCAGAGCGAUCUUCUUAAAAUCAGUUGUCCCACUUACUACGCAGGUGAAUGAUUUAUGUGGCGCAUAUCUAUUUGGUGCAUCCUUAUACCAAUGUUUAUGUGUUUAAAUAAAUAAAAAUAGAUGAAACAAAAAAGCAACCUAUUGAAAUUUAUUCUCAGAAUAGGUUUUCUCAAGAAAAGUACUACUUUAAUCAAAUCGGAUUACUUCAAAGUUUAGAAGAAAUCUGAACCAUUACUUCCGACUUAUAUAGUACGAAGAAAUUGACUGUCUUUACCUGAACUGCAGACGGAAACUAGAUCUUAUAAACUUUUAAAAAAUAAAUCGUAACGGAUAAUAUAUCGGUCAACUCAUUUUCAACAGCCUAGAUGGAUACUGUUUAAUACGGUGUUUCGAAAUAAAAAUUGAAGGUUUUUCAACCUAGGACACAUGUUGUACCGACCUCUCAAAGUCUGACUUACAACUUGCGGAUGACUCUCGAAUUCACUCACACUGAUCCUGUCAUAUUCAAAGGUCGUGGUGCUUUUAUUCACUGACUGUUUAGUGCAUACACGUCAUGGUGCUUGUGGUAGCGGUGCUUUAAUUUUCUGAACUUUCUACCAAGAGUUUUAAAAUUGUUUUGGCUACCGUUAGCACUAUAAAUGACAUGAUCGACAAGUAUAACAGUUCCGUCAAGGUAAUGUCAAAUUGUGUUGUAAGUUGGAAAACGUUAUGUCAAUGUUAUGUGUAAUGAAGUAAGAUUCCCAUGGUAAACAGUGAAUGAGUUUCAAUGCGCUUUCAUAUUUGUUGAUUAAACUGCCUAAGCUGGUACAUUAUUGCAACUUUAGAGUUUGCGGUAUCUUGUACAAUGUCAUGUCCGAUUUGUUCUGUAGUGGAUCAAAAAUAUAUCGAUUCCAACUUAAUGUAUUUAUAUGAUCAAUAUCAUCUAUACACAAGAGAAAACUACACAGGACUGUAGCGGUAGGUUAGAUAGCCCAAUUAGGAUGUAUGGUAAGGCCUUCUUUUCUAUUGUGAGAAGUAAGAUUAAGGAUUAUGUGGAACACUUCAACUACUCUCCUUUCUUUAUAGUUCGAAAAUUCUUGUUGUAAUAUUUUUAUGUUUUUAAAAUCGAUUUGGUGGUCGUCGAAAAUGGUGUGAACUGCUAUUGUCGGUUUAAUUUGAAGUUUAUCCAGUUCUACGCGAUUAUUAGGAGGUUUCUUUGUAUACCUAAGAUGUUCUUUAGCUCGAGUCUAGAUUUCGCGAGAUCAUUCUUCAAUAAAGAAGGCAUCACAAUUAACACAACCUAAUUUGUAGACAAAGAUCUGUGUUGACAUAAAUAGGAGUUUUCCUUUUAAGCGAGCCAAAGUAUUCCGAAUGACAUUUUAUUUUUGAAACUCAUUUCCAUAUUCAAAUUUUCUAAACUACAAUUUUUGAUUAUUUUAAACAAAUGACAUUGAAUUCAUUUGAUGUUGUUUUACUUGUAUCUUCCAAUUGUUAUUCAGCACUGCGAUUGAUCAGUCUCAUGUUGAACAUCAACUCUGGGAUGUAGGUACAUCCAGCUGAUGGGUCCUAAAUAGGACGAAACACGCGUCAAACUGGAUUCUACUGCUAGCCACUAUCCAUCUUUACCUAAAUGACAUUUUAGCGGUAAAUAAAUCCCCAAAAUAAAUAGCUCUGUAAGUUUUCGACAUUGGAUGCUGACCAUAUGUUUUAGUGGACUCAUCUAGCUGAAGGCGCUCGGUCAUGCAUUCGCACCAGAUCACGUGUGGUAACGCUGUACUCCGCAUCUACCGCAAUCGCUAGCCAGAUUAGAUCAGAUAAUUCCGAUAUAUUGGUAAUCGCCAAAUACACUCUUCCAAUCUCCUC